GACCUCAGCACUGGCAUAAGGACUUCCCCAUUGCCAACGGAGAGCGUCAGUCUCCUGUGGACAUUAGCACCAGUGCAGUCCAGUAUGAUUCUGCCCUGAAGCCUCUGAGCCUGUCCUAUGACCACCCGACUUCGCUAAGGAUUGUCAACAAUGGUCACUCUUUCAAUGUGGAGUUUGAUGACUCCCAGAACAAAGCAGUGCUGCAAGGCGGACCCUUGGAUGGCACGUACAGAUUGGUUCAGUUUCACUUUCACUGGGGUUCAUCUGAUACGCAAGGUUCUGAGCAUACUGUGGAUAAAGUGAAAUAUGCUGCAGAGCUGCAUUUGGUGCACUGGAACACCAAAUAUGGGGAUUUUGGAAAAGCUGCACAACAACCUGAUGGACUGGCUGUUUUGGGUGUGUUUUUAAAGAUUGGCAGUGCUACACCAGGUCUUCAGAAAGUCCUUGAUAUGCUGGAUUUCAUUACAACAAAGGGUAAGAGCACUGAAUUCACUAACUUUGAUCCUCACGCCCUCCUCCCUGAGAACUUGGACUACUGGACUUACCCAGGCUCACUGACCACGCCUCCCCUUCUGGAAAGUGUGACCUGGAUUGUGCUCAAGGAACCCAUCACCGUAAGCAGUGAGCAGAUGUCAACGUUCCGUAAGCUUCACUUCAACUCAGAGGGCGAACCCGAAGAGCUCAUGAUGGACAACUGGCGCCCAGCUCAGCCAUUGAAGAACAGGCAGAUCAGAGCCUCCUUCAAAUAAGAUGAGCCCCAGCGUCGGUGUACACACAAGGACUCUUAGAUGUUUUCCUGUAGCUAAGCACAAACCUGCCUUGGUGAUUUGGACCCCAGCUGCUUUUCUAGAUCCUUCAUCUCUCACCUGAUGUGCUUCCUAAUAAACUGUGAAGAGCAAGGCCAAUUGUCGUGCUUGACCGAGUGCUGGGAUGGGCUGGUGCUCGGCUUCUGGCGUAGCCUUUCUGUAACAGGAUUCUAACACGAAGGGUAGGAAUAAAGCACCUUGACUUCGUUCACAGCAUGGAGGGGGAUGAGCACUCAGCACUGUUCACCAAAGUGCUGUUUUUAAAACAUAGGAAAGUAGAAUGGUUCAGUUCAAAUCCAUGUCUUGAGACAAACUGAGCCAACUGAGGCAAAUCAGAUAAAAUAUUUUAUGUAAUGUAAAUCAAACAAAUGUUUGUGAUCCCAAGAUGCUGUAUUAAAGAUAAACUUUUAAAAUUCUUAUAUAUUUGUAGCAAAGUUAUAUUAAAGAUGAAUUAUGUUGUAAUUUAGUGACUUUUGAACUCUAGGGAUAUAAGAAAGAGUAUAUCUGUAAACAUUGUUAUAGCUGUGAUACAGAGUAUAUUUCCAUUCAAAUGAUACCAUAACAAUAAAUAUUGUAUUUUAGAUAUAUUCGCUAAUAAAAUUCAGAGUUCUAUUUUG